GUAUGCGCGCGGGAGAGAGAGAGAGCGCGAGCGGUGGAGGCGUCGAUGCGAGAGAGACGGAGGGAAGCCGGCGGUAAAGGGGCAGGAAAUCGCCACCGCCAUCAUCACAACAUCUACUACCCAGCCGACGGGUGGUUAUGGAACUGAAGGAACCGGAUGAAAACGAGUGGAAGUACCACGGAGAGGGCAACCGAAGUUUGGUCGUGUCUCAUGUGCAGCAUUGCCAAGUUCUGCGUUUUCUAAAGUUUCCCAUUGAACUUCCACAGCCAAACAAGGCCUUGGAAGAAGUUUCCCAUCGGCUAAACAAUAUUGUAGAAUUUAGUAAACAUGUGAUGAAGCCAUUAUUGGGAGAUAACCUUGUGCAACCUGGGGAGGUUAUACAGCUACCACUGGACUUUGUAAGACAACUGGCAUUGAAGAUCCAGCCGGAAAGGCCAGAAUCACGUUGCAAUAAAGUAAUGGAUGCUUUCAGUGGAUAUACAUUAUGCCUUCCGGAUCUCACUAAAUUCCAAACCUCCCCUCAAUUGGAAAAACGACCGCCACUUUGUAUAGAAAUUAAGCCUAAAUGUGGAUUUAUCCCUUUCUCAAGUCACAUUACCAAGGAGAUUAAACAGCAUGCCUGUCGCUAUUGCAUGCAUCAACACCUGAAGGUGGCUAAUGGAAAAUGGAAGAGGAUGAGCAAAUACUGCCCUCUUGACCUUUUUUCUGGGAAUAAACAGCGUAUGUACAUAGCUUUAAAAAGUUUGCUGCAGGAGCCUCAGAACAAUUUGAAGAUUUUUAAGAAUGGAGAGUUGAUAUUUGGCUGUAAGGAUGACCAGGACUGCUUGAUGGAUCUGAAUGAACUUGCGAAUCAUUUGAAAGCAUACUUCUUCCCUGCUAAUGGUAUGGUCAGUGGACCACAGUGUACCCGAACUGUUCUCACAGAGCUCAUUCACGUGAUAACAAUGGCUUUGUUGAGCAAUGCAGGCACCCUCAGGACAUGUGAUAUGAAGAGAACACGUAUUUCACAGGAAAUAAGGCACUGUGAGGCAAGUCACUUUCGCAAGGAUGUUUUGAGAAAUAAUAUCCAUGCAGUGGAGAAUUCUGGCUUGCCGAAGGGCUGUGUUCUUUCUCGGAUCCUUCAAGUGCAGAUGCUUGAUAUGAUGGACAUAGAUGGAAUUUAUCCUUUAUAUCUGAGAGUUCAGCAGCACUUAGAAGAAUUUACAAAAGACAGGAGUAGAUUGCAUUUAGAUGGUCCUUACAAUGAAACUUUUUAUGAAAGUCUAUCAGAUCUUUCACAAGAUGAUGAAACUGUGGACUAUGCAGCUCGAAAGAUACAUCAGUACAGGAUUGCCACAACAGCCAAGGAUUGCUCCAUUAUGAUUGCACUUUCUCCUUGUCUUCUGGAAGAACGGCCUGAACCAAGUACCGUAAUUAAGACAUCAAGAACUUUGUUUGCGUAUUCCAUCUCCAUUCUUGAUUUGGAUCCCAAACCAUAUGAGAACAUUGCACACCAAUAUAAAUUAGAUGGGAAGAUCAUAAAUUAUUAUUUGCAGAACACGAGGGCCAAGAAGGAAGUUACCACUGCUAACUUCUACAUGGGAUAUGAAGAGUGCACACUGUUUUUUCAUUCAGUGUAAGUUUCUGUUGUGCAUUAACAUUCAUUUGAUGUUUAAUAAAAUAACUGCACUGACUUAGUGACCCUCAAGUUCAAGUGUGAGAAGUUUUGAAAACAGCUCACCUGUGUCUGUCCGAAUAUUGAAGCUUUGGAUUUUGAACCGUGCUAAAUUUUACAUUGGAUGCCAUUAUUUGAAAAGCAUGUCCUUCCUCAUUAAUACAAUAGCACUAAGGUCAGGUUGUUUUUGGAAAGUUCAGAACUUUUUUUUUCCAUGGCGAACUGUAGAUUGUAAAUGUGCGAGUACAAUUUUCAGUGAUUCUAAGUGAGUUUCAGGAAGGUUUCUUAGUGUGGAGAAUGGUACAAAUUCUUUAAAGGCAACUGGAAGAAAACACCUUUAGUUACAUAACACUGAUAACUGUAGGAGAGCAUUCCAUUAACAUAAGGGAAGUUAUGCACUUUCUCACCACUGCAGUUAAUUUUCUUUGCUUUCGAGUGUGAUUUCAGGCUAUUUGGCGACAAACACGAUUAAAAUAGCUUUUCUUGGCUUUGGCUCAUUACUUACUGCUGCUGGUUUUUGGUAGUCUGCGUUUCUAUGCAUUUGGUUUUGUGCCAUUGUUUCUUGCCAGUCAGUGAUUUUUGCUGCUGUUAGUGCAGAUAAUUGUAACAACUAAAUGUAGUUUUACAUCUAAUCUAACCACUUAAGAAUAGUACCACUGAAAUUAAUUUAAUUUUUUGUUAGAUACCAUUGAUCUCUUGCACUAAGAACAUCUAAUACUACUUCCAAGUUUUGGAUGCUGAUUAGCAGCCAUGGGGUUCAGGAACUGAAAAUGCUAAAGAUGCAUCAUCAUCAUCAUCAUUUAACUCUAUUCUGAACUUCUAGGUUACAAUAAGUUUGAAUUUGUCAGACUUUUUUGUUUUGUCUUGAGAUUUAUUUUCCUGUCAGCGGUGGGUACACUGUAUAACAAAUAAUGAUAUUUACUCUGGAGCAGCAAAAACCUUGGCAGUUGUUAAAUAUGGCAUGUGGGUUCUGUAAUUUUAUCACUGAAGUGUACUUGGGGAAUUGCAGGCAUUUGACAUUUUUCAAUUCAAGUGUUAAAAUUAAAUAUCCAUCUCCCAGCCUUGCACUUAUGACUGUUCCUCGUCACCUCCAAUAUACAGUGAAUAAGGAUUUUAAAAUAUUAUGCGGUCAGAGUUAAACAAUUACUUGCUAUCAUUUGGAAUCAAAAUAAAAUUGUAACAUCACAAAACUGAUAAAUUGGAGCGCCUACAUUAUCAGCAGUAAAAUAUGAUGCCUUUGUAGUGAAUAGGUAAAAGAUGGAGCAAUGUUAAUGAUGGCAUAAGUGUGGAAUUAUUGGAAAGGAAAGACCUAUUGCUGGUAGUAAUAUAACUAUGUAUAAAAGAAUAAUCAUUAAGCUGUCUUUGUGGCAGAUAAUGAAGAGUUCUUGGAAAAAGUAGUGGGAUUAACAUAUAUUCAGGCAAAGCACUGAAAGGAUAGAGCAGGUGCAAGUGUAAGCUGGGAGAGUGAAUUGAACAUUCUGAAUUUCCCAAGUAAUGUUGAGAGGAAUACAGAGCAUGACAAAAUAUGUUUCAGGGAUUUGGAUUGUUUUACUCGUUAAUUCUCUUUCAAUGGCCUCUCAGCUUUACUUGGAUUGUCAUAUUAUCUUCUUGUGCCCUUAAAAUUCUGCAUAGAUUUAAAAUUUCUAGCCUUAUUUUACCAAAGUUAACUGUUGACUAAUGUACAAAGUGAAUGUUGAAUUCUUAAACAUGGAUGUUUAUCAGGAAUUGCUUGAAACUGAAGACUAAUCAUAUUUUCAUGUCAUUUUAUUGGAGAAAAUAAUCUGUGUAAACAGAAAAUAAUUACAUUUGAAAGGAAACCUUUAAAUUUAUUGUUCCUAACACUUUUCUUUCCCAUUUUGAUAUUUCACAUUGAAUGAAUUCAUUCAUGAGUGAAUUGAAACUGUAUAUAAUUAAUUGUCACGGGCUAGUUGAGUUACUCAUAUUUGAGACACCAGGUUGUCUGUUACAUCACAACUUGGUGACUUUAGAAUUGUGAUAUGUCACUGCAAACAUUCAUUUGUGGAUUAAAAAAAUUAUAUAGAGCAAGCAAAAUAACUUGUUUCUGAAACAUUGUGAUGUUUAGUUUACAUAUUAUUUUCCUAACUCCCAGCUGAGUGCGAUGAACUGAUGAUGCCAUAUGAAGCCCAUUCAAUGCUUUUAUGCAAUUUUCUAUAUCCUAAGUAAAAUUGAGCCAGUUUCUCAAUUUGUAGGAGAAUGUUAUUUUUCUAUCACUACGUAGUCUGCUCUAGUGUUAGUUUUGUUUCUGAUAAUGAUGUCAUCCUUGUGCAUCUUUCCUUGACAGUACACAGAGCAGUUGUUGCCCAACAGGAUUUAAAGAAGCAGAAACAGGUUUUACUUUUUCCAUUUUCCAGUUGAAUCUCAAAAGCAGCAACUCAAAGAAUGUUUUAUUAUCUGGUAGCACAAUCAGAAACCCCUUGCAGAAUCAAGUGCUGAUGGUGAUCAGUUAAAAUAAUCUGGGUUUAAUUAAGGUAUCUUUAUCUUGAAGAAAAUAAUAUUACAAACUAUCUAGGUUUUCAGACUUUUAUUUUUGACAUCUAAGCUAAAUAACCAUAGGAAUAGUGCUUGAUCCCAGUGCUUUUCUGGGCGAGUUAGUCAUUUUAGUUGCACCAGAAUGAUUGAAGAGUGUACAGCUGGAUUAACUUACUGUUCCAAUUGAUUUCGCAUUCUAUCACUCGACUAAUUGUUGUUUUUCCCUGGAGGUUGUAUUAAAUGAUCUUCCUGUUCUUAAUAUCAAAAUGCUGAACAAGCGCCAACUUACAAAAAAAAGUGCAUGGGUGAUGUUUCCAUUUCCUAACUGUUAAAUUUAUUCGUUUUAUUAUUCAGGUGCUAACUUUUUGAUUUUUUAAUAUUUAAAUGGGUAAAUCAUAAUUAUUCGCUGGUUAAAAAAAAAACGUAGGAUGAUUGUAAGAGAAGCUCUAAUUUGUUGCCGACGCUGGCCAUUUCAAGAGGACUUUUAUCAGCAGCACUUGCUCGUCUCUCCUGCAUGAGAUCUCCAUGGUAGACACAAUUCUAGGUUACUCCCGAGUUCAAUUCUGUUCCUAUCCAAUGUUCAUGUCCAAGUAUUUUCCACUGGAAAUUUGCUUAUCUGUCCAAUUGAUGUCCCAAUUGAAGUAAAUUGACUCACAGGCAUCAUGUUCAAUCUAUUAAUAUUGUUUAUAUUAAUGUUAACAAUAUCAUCUCUGACAUUGUUUUAUUUCCAUUUGUGAUUUCAAUAUUAACCAGAAUUCAGCAUUGUUAGUCCAUCGAGAAAUGGAAAGACAUUUGAUUUGAAUAUAAGGCUUUGAGAGAAAAAAAAUUUAUAUGAUGGCAACAUUUUGGCUUGUCUUUUAAGGUGACUUGAAAUUUGGAUAUAAUAAAUGUCUGUAAACAUGUAUGCAUAAAAAAAAAUGUUUUGCUAGUUAAAUAAUUUAAAAUAACAGUCAUCACUUGAAACUUAAUGUUCCUGCUGCUGGCUCGAGUGAUGUUUUAAACAUUUUUGAUUUGACUGGUUGGCAAUUGUACCUCAGUGUUUAGUGCCAACAGAAAUUACACCUGUAAGUAAUAUUUAAUUUUGAAAUGGAUUGGAGAUGUUUUGUAGUUCACUUCUGUUGUAAACAUCUCCAGGCGUGUUUUACGUAUAUUAAAAUGAUAAAUUAUCCAA